GACAUAGACUCCGCACUGCGUGAGGUCCGCAUAGCCCUACUUGAGGCAGACGUUAACUUCCGCGUCGCCCGCCAGCUCGUGUCCAGCAUCAAAGAGCGUGUAUCCCAGGAAGACCUGUUGACCAGCCUGACCCCCCGGCCAACAGAGUUGACAGCUAUCCUCACCGGCGGCAGUCACAGACUCGCAACCGGAUCGUCCCAGCCCACUGUUGUCCUGAUGGCCGGACUAAACGGCGCGGGCAAGACAACCCUAUCCGCCAAGCUCGCCCUCCAUCUCAAGCAGAGUGGCCAGUCAUCGGUGCUCGUGGCAGCCGACCUGCGCAGGCCUGCCGCGAUUGACCAGUUGGAGACUCUGGGACGCCAGACAGGCGUCGAAGUCUAUUCCGAACGCGGCUCCUCGGACACUGUCGCAGUUGCCCAAGCCGGGAUCAGGCGAGCCCGGGAAGUCGGCGCUGCAUGGGUGAUCAUAGACACGUCAGGUCGCUUUCAAGUUGAUGCCGAGUUAAUGGACGAGCUCGAAGACGUCCACAAUGCAGUCCAACCGACGGAGACCCUGCUCACGCUCGACGCCAUGACCGGACAGGAGGCCGUCGAUGUCGCCGAGAAAUUCCACGAGCGAAUCAAUCUAACGGGACUCGCACUCACCAAGAUGGAUGGCGAUGCGCGAGGCGGUGGCGCUCUCUCGGGUCACCACUGUAACGGGAGUUCCUAUCAAGUUCAUGGGCACCGGAGAGCGUAUGGACGCUCUCGAACAGUUCCACCCCGACAGGCUUGCUUCGAGAAUCCUCGGGAUGGGCGACAUGCUUACGCUUAUCGAGAAGGCCGAGCAAGGCAUCGAUGA